AUGCCGUCCAUCGCUCUCGGUCCCGGCCGUCCGAAACUGCAGCACGCGCCGCCACAGCCGCCGCCGCCGCAGCAGCAGAUUCCCAUUUCGGCGACAAUGGCCACGUCCCGACAAGUCGCGCGGGCGUCCGCCACGAGUCUGUGCGCCGCCACGAACUACUGGCUCGCCCGGGCCGUCGCUGCCGGUCCCUCCCUUCGCCGGCCUCUGGUCCUGGCCCUCUUCGUGCUCGUGCUCGUGCUCGUGCUCACGAGUCUCGGCCGACUCGAGCGCUGGGUGACGUGCGGUGGCCUCGCGAUGGUCGCGCUCAGCGUCGUGAGCGCCGCGCUGCAGGAGAUGAAGCUCUCGAAGAUAGUGCCCUCGUCGUACCACGAGUUCCUCGACCCGCAGAUGGACCACUGCAGUGGCCACAUGGCGAUGCUGCCGCACCUCUCUCCGGUCAAGACUUGCGCGACUGCAAAGCUGCAGCAGCAGCAGCAGCAGCAGCGGACGCGACCUCAGGCCAAGGACGUGGUGACCUCUACGACGGUCAACAUUGCCCCGUCAUUGGCCUCUCCCUCGAGUUCUGUUCCGUCGAACGGUGUGCAGGAGGAAACCGAGCGGCGAGACACUAGUGGAGCGAUGAAGACGGUGGCCGUCAAGUCGAUGACUGGACCACCGCCCGCACCUGCGGGGAGCUGCAGUCGUCUGACCGACGGAAGUAAUAAGCUCGACGUGCGCCACUGCGGCACGAUCAUUGAUGUCCAGGGGUCGCAUGGCUUUAUCAUUCCACACGACAUUGGCGUGGACGUUCGUGCUGCUGCAGGCGAACCUUCGGCCCUGAGCAGCGCAGUGGCAGGAUGCGCGCGAGCUGGAAAGCGCCCAAAGAUGCCAUUUGUGAUCCCGUUCAAUCUAAACGAAGAGCCACCCGCUGCGCGUCAGGGCAUUGCAGUCGGCAAGACGGUCGAGUUUGCGUAUGCUCAAGUUGCAGCAGUCGCGGGUACCGCUUCGUCAGCGCUCGUGUGCGCUCGAAACGUCACGCCAGUAUGCACAGAUGACGGCAUUAGGAAGAGUCGCUCGGCACUUCAAUCUUGCAAGCAGGCGCGCGAGGUGUCGUUUGCGCGAGCGAUGGAGGAGCUGACGAUGAUUUCGCUCCGCCAUGUGCCAGUGAAGCACCACGUGGACCUCAUCAAGUACGCCGAGAAGCUCGAUGACCAGCGCGAGACUCGCUCGGACCCGUGUAUUUUUUAG